AUGCUUUUAAACAGAGUUAUUGGUGCACAGAGUGGGGGUUUAAGAGCGGCACUUUUAGCGAAAAUGGCAGGCUAUGGUGGAGCUGCAGACGGAACAGCUUAUAACCCUCAAAGUCAAAUGAAUUUGAGUUCACUCAAAAAUCAAAUAACAGAUGUCAAAAAGUCAAACAUAGACAUACAGAAACAAAUAAGUGAAAACGAAAAGAAACUAGAAUAUGACAGACAGACAAAGAAACUCAAUGAGUUAAACGUAGAGAAAAAGAUGAAAGAAGAACAACUGAAAGAACUAAGUACAGAGGAAUAUGCGAAAAAAGUGUCAGAAAAAGCAGCAGAAGUAGCAAAAAUGGAACAAGAUGUUAUAAAUUUGAAAAACCAUACUACUCAAUAUAAAGUACUGAAAGAUGAAGAGAUAAAACAAAAAGCCAUGAAGACAUAUAUGGAUAGCGAUGAGUAUAAAAAAGAAGUUGAAGCAAAUGUAAAGGCAGAAAAACUUUUACAGUUGCAAAACCAAACCGUACAGUAUGAAAACUUAGCACAAGAAAGUAAAAAUAACGACGCAGCCAUGCAAAAGGCAAUGAAAAGCGCAGAUAUUAUAAAAGCUAAUAAUGACUGGUUAGAUGCCCAAGCCAACGCUAAAGCAGCCCAACUUAUAGGGUCAAUAAGGACAAAAAUACAAGCGGAUGAAGACAGUUCAAAUGAAGCUUUAAUGAAUGCUGACUUUAAGAAUGCCUUCGAAGCUCUUCAUAGUAAGGUGAAACUAGUGAACGACUUCUCAUCUGAAAAGAAACUGAAGUCUGAAGGUUUCGACAAAGAGUUAAGAGAAGUAGCACAAAAUAUGACGAAAAUAACAGAUGCAGCAACGAGACAGGCAGUUCAAAGUGCCUAUGAUGCCGUUUGA